AUGGAGGGACAAGAGCAAUAUGAGGACAAUGGGCUUCCUGGCCCUGGUGCCCCAACCCCGCUCUCUGCGCUGGAUGGUGUUUCUGGAUUGACUGCCAGAGAUAUUAAGUUGUUCGUGGAUGCAGGAUAUAAUACCGUUGAGUCUGUCGCCUACACGCCCAAGCGGUUGUUGGAACAGAUCAAGGGUAUAUCGGAACAGAAGGCCACCAAGAUCCUAGUAGAAGCUUCUAAGCUGGUACCUAUGGGAUUCACAACGGCAACCGAAAUGCAUGCCCGGAGAAGUGAGCUCAUCUCAAUCACUACUGGAUCCAAGAGACUCGACACAUUGCUCGGAGGUGGUGUUGAGACCGGGUCAAUCACGGAGAUCUUUGGAGAAUUCAGGACGGGAAAAAGUCAGAUUUGUCAUACUCUUGCGGUCACUUGCCAGCUGCCGUUCGAUAUGGGCGGUGGUGAAGGCAAGUGUCUUUACAUCGAUACCGAGGGCACUUUCCGUCCAGUGCGGUUGUUGGCUGUCGCACAGCGAUAUGGCCUCGUUGGAGAGGAGGUUCUUGAUAAUGUGGCAUAUGCACGAGCAUACAACUCGGAUCACCAGCUCCAGCUGCUCAAUCAGGCCUCUCAGAUGAUGUGUGAAACCCGAUUCUCCCUUCUGGUGGUUGACUCGGCGACAUCUCUGUACAGAACGGAUUUCAACGGCCGUGGGGAGCUCGCGUCACGGCAAACUCAUCUGGCCAAGUUCAUGCGUACCCUGCAACGCCUCGCAGACGAGUUCGGCAUUGCGGUCGUGAUUACGAACCAAGUUGUUGCCCAGGUUGACGGUGGACCCAGUGCCAUGUUCAACCCGGAUCCCAAGAAACCUAUCGGUGGUAAUAUCAUCGCCCAUGCCAGUACUACUCGACUCAGUUUGAAGAAGGGACGCGGCGAGACUCGUAUCUGCAAGAUUUAUGACAGCCCUUGCCUUCCCGAGAGUGAUUGUCUUUUCGCCAUCAAUGAUAACGGUAUCGGUGAUCCCAGCGAGAAAGACCUGGAAGAUAAAUGA